AGAGAUGAAGGUAAUGAGACGGAAGGCACCAGGAUGAGAAAAUUAAGAAGGACAAGAAAGAAAGUCACUAAAUCACAUAUUUCUUCAACUGAAAUAGGAGAAAUGGAUAUGCCCAACUCAAAAGAAAGAAUCAAAGAACAAAUGGUGUGUCACAAAUUAGGGGAUACGAGCAAACCAGUUGUGGGACCUGGCUCUGAUGAAUCUCAUCCACAAGAUGAUGAGGACUCCCAGGAUCAUACAGCAGAGAUGAAACCCUCACCCCUCAAAACAUCAGCCAGUGCUCCUGGUAGUGAAUUCAAGACAGACUCCAGCUGUACUGAUGACACUGGGGACAGCACACAAAUUCCGAAGGUACCUCAACUCUCCUCUAGAAUGAAGCACAUUAAACAAGAGAUGGCCAAAAACCACCUUCAGUUUGUGCGGUUUGAAGCCACAGAUCUCCAUGGGGUGUCCAGGUCUAAGACUAUCCCUGCACACUUCUUCCAGGAAAAAGUGGUCCACGGCGUUUUCAUGCCCCGAGGUUACCUUGACUUGAUACCGAACCCUAAGGGCAACGAAGUGGAUCACAUCAGAGCCACGUGCUUCAACAGUGACAUAGUCCUGAGGCCCGAGCUGUCCACCUUCCGGGCGCUGCCGUGGGCCGAGCGGACGGCGAGGGUGAUCUGCGACCCGUUCACGGUGACGGGCGAGCCCGUGUGGACGUCCCCGCGGCACCUCGCCCGGAGGCAGCUGGGCCGGCUGCAGGCCGCGGGCUUCUCCCUGCUCUCCGCUUUCCUCUACGACUUCAGCCUGUUGGGUGCGCCCCAAGUCAUCAACGCCAAGGCCAUCUCCUUCCCGGCUUCCGCCCUGUUAGACAGCCACGACCAGCGCUUCCUCCAGGAGCUCGUGGGUGGCUUGUGUCACACGGGAGCCGAGGUCGAGAGCUUUUCCUGCUCCACCAGGCCCGGCCAGGUGGAGGUCUGCCUGCUGCCCGCCUUCGGCAUCCGCUCCGCCGACAACGCGUUUACCCUCCGGACAGGCGUCCAGGAAGUGGCCCGGAAACACAAUUACAUCACCAGCUUCUUCAUCGAGACUGGGCUCUGCAACUCGGGGAUUUUGUCUCACAGUCUCUGGGAUGCGGGAGGGAAGAACAACCUGUUCUGCAGCAGCCCCGGCGCCGAGCCGCUCACCACGGCCGGGAAGCAAUGGGUGGCCGGGCUCCUGCAGCACUCGGCCGCGCUCAGCUGCCUGAUGGCUCCUGCCGGCAGCUGCCGGAAGCGUUACUCCAAGCAGAGCCAGGACCCGAGGGAGAGCGUGCCGACCACGUGGGGCUAUAAUGACAACAGCUGUGCCUUGAAUAUCAAGUGUCACGGGGAGAGGGGCCCCCGGGUGGAAAAUAACCUGGGCUCAGCCACGGCCAAUCCUUACCUGGUGCUGGCCGCCACCGUGGCAGCAGGUUUGGACGGACUGCAGAGCGGCAGCGGCGGCGCCCUGCCUGGCCCCGAGGACAACCCCGCGCUUUAUCCGGCCCGGCCUCCCGAGAUCCCUUUGAAACUGGAAGAUGCCCUGGUGGCGCUGGAGGAGGAUCGAUGCCUGCGACAGGCUCUCGGAGAAACUUUCAUUCGGUACUUUGUGGCCAUGAAGAAAUAUGAGCUGGAAAACGAAGAAACAGAUGCGGAGAGAAACAAAUUCUUGGAGUAUUUUAUUUAGAAGGGGAUCCCUUAACGAUCCCUUUAGGGAUGUGGCUUUGGGACUUAAGUAGCUGAGCUAGCAGAAAGGGAAGAUUGCGCUUUCGUAAUUAACGAGAAGAUUACAAGGGCUGUCACUCUUGUAUUUCGUCGCCGUGGAGUAGUUGGCAGAUGAAGCGGGCUGCUGAGAGGACUCUGAUAACAAUAAAGUUGCCGUGGAGCUGUACUACGCAAAC